AUGGGGUUGAGUCAUUUUCCUCUGCCGAUGAUGAUGCUCUUUUAUGCUCGUUACUGCGUGUUGCUACUCUGGAGCCUCUACACGAUCUGCCACUCAGCCAUCGACGACGACACGGUUGCAAGAGCCAAGAAGGGUGCAUGGGUUGCUCUACGCGAUAGCGACGAUGAAGCAAUAAUCAAAGUGGCGAAGAUGAGUGAAUUUGGUAGGACAGUCGAUGCAGCAGAAGACUUUUGCAAACAAGAUGACUCCCAUCUGACGUCUGUUCUAUCCGAAAACGAGAUGAAGUUCAUAGGAGAUCUGGUGGUCGCGAUCUAUCGCAGUGGAGGAGGUAAUUACGAGUAUGUGCAUGCACUGACAGGCUUGCGGAGGGGUGUGAUAUGGUCUGAUGGAUCUGCAACCGACUUUGUGGUAGAAGCUCAUAAGGAUCCGAAGGCCGUUUUUGAAGGGACGAUAUUGGAUGAUAAGAAAAACUAUUGUACCUACGUGAGUUUUUUGUUUGACGAUUACUUGAUACCCUGA